AUGGCUUUUCAACCUGUUGUUGAACAAAUUGAAACAAUUACUUUGGAAAAAGUUGCAAGUUCUGAAGAUAUGGUUUAUUAUGAUACAAAUGCUUUGUCACAAAGAUUGACAAGAGAAUUUGAAGAACAUGAUAGAAGAAUCCGUUCUCUUGAAAGAACAAAUGAAACCUUUAUUAGUUUUAAAGAAACUAAUUC